AUGCUCUCCAAACUGCGUCGCGCCCCGGCACGUCAGGCCAUCGCUUCGUUUCGACGACCUGGCCUUGGGGCCAGGGUGGGCAGAAGGCUUGGCCUACGAUUUUCGAGUGACGGGAAACCGUCCCCUCCCAAGGGCUUUGGACAGUUCUACGAGAACAAAGCCAAACCCAAAAGCGCACCAGCCGAGAGUGGCGCCAAAGAAGCACCGAAGCCAGCUGAAGCCCCUGCGGAAGGGAGCAAGCAGCCCAAGGAGGUGCCAGUGGAAGCUGAACAAAGCUCCAAAGAAGCGAAGGGCCCUAAGGAGACACCCGCUGAGUCGAAGGCGGAAGGAAAAGCAGAAGGAAAAGCAGAAGGCAAAGAUAGCAAAGGUGCAGAAGAAACCAGCAAAAGCUCCAAAGACUCCAAAGGUAAGGAGCCUGGAAAGGAUGGAAACAACAUGCAAGAUCAAGGGACCCGCUUGAUGGGACUAGCUGCAGGAGGUGCCCUAUUCCUGGCCGCCUACUUCAACAUGCGACAUGAGGACGAUGCACCGCAGGAGGUGACCAUGCAGGAAAUGCUCAAGGAGUAUCUGAUCAAGGGCAAUGUGGAGAAAAUCCAGAUUGUGAACCAGGCACAGGCCAGAGUCUUCCUGCGGAAGGAAUCGCAAUCCGCUCAGCAACCAAUGGUCACCAUCAAUCUGGGACGUGCCGAAGCUUUCGAGCAGAAACUUGAGAACGUCCAGAACGAGUUGGGCAUUGCAGCCAUGGAGCACAUCCCAGUGCAGUACAUCAACGAGACCGAUUACUUGAGCGAACUGCUGCCCUAUGUGCCUUCCCUGCUCUUCCUGAUACCUUUGCUUUUGGUCAGCAGGAGCAUCGGUGGCGGCAUCCCUGGCGCUGGCGGCCCUGGUGGUCGGAACGUCUUCAGCAUCGGCAAGGCCUUCCCAUCUGGGAAGAAGGAUCUGAAAUCCACCGUGAAGUUCGCCGACGUGGCCGGGUUGGAGCAAGCCAAGGCCGAAGUGGUGGAGUUUGUGGACUUUUUGAAAAGCCCUGGGAAGUACGAGAAGUUGGGCGCGCGGGUGCCGAAAGGCGGUUUGUUUGUUGGCCCACCUGGUACCGGCAAGACCCUCCUCGCAAAGGCCGUUGCUGGUGAGGCAGACUGCCCCUUCUAUUCCAUGAGUGGUUCUGACUUCGUAGAGAUGUACGUGGGAGUCGGCGCCUCCCGGGUGCGAGACCUCUUCAAGCAAGCACGUGAUUCUGCUCCCUCCAUCAUCUUCAUCGAUGAGAUCGACGCCAUCGGCCGCAAACGCGGCAAGGGCGGAUUCACCGGAGGCAAUGAUGAGCGCGAGAGCACCCUGAAUCAGAUGUUGGUGGAGAUGGAUGGCUUCAACUCCUCCACCGGCGUAGUGGUCCUAGCGGGCACCAACCGCGUGGAUAUCUUGGACAACGCGCUGCUGCGGCCGGGACGUUUUGACCGACAGAUUGCGAUCGACCGGCCGGACAUGGCUGAGAGGGAGAAGAUCUACAUGGUUCACCUGAAACCCUUGACCUUGGAGACAGGCUUGAAGCAGGAGGAUGUGGCUAAGAGGAUGGCGGCUCUGACUCCAGGAUUCGCUGGGGCUGACAUUGCCAAUGUUUGCAAUGAGGCCGCGAUCUUUGCCGCGCGCCGGGCGGCGACCUCGGUGUCCAUGGAGGAUUUCGAACGGGCCACGGAGCGGGUCAUCGGAGGAUUGCCCAAGAACAACAGCCUGAUGAGCAAAGAUGACAAGCGAACCGUGGCAAUUCACGAAUCGGGUCAUGCAGUCGCAGGCUGGUUCCUGGAGCAUGCGGAUCCCUUGUUGAAGGUCUCCAUCCAGCCUCGCUCCAGUGGGGCUUUGGGCUUUGCUCAGUACCUGCCGGCCGAGAUGAGCUUGUUCUCCAAGGAAGCGAUUCUGGACAAGAUCGCCGUUGCUUUGGGCGGCCGAGCAGCCGAAGAGCUCUUUGUGGGAAAGAUUUCCACUGGAGCUUCGGAUGAUUUGGACAAGGUCACCAAAAUGGCACAUGCUAUGGUGGCGAACUAUGGCAUGUCCGACAAGAUUGGACUGCUGAAUUUUGGUCAAAAUGAUGCCAGUUCCCAAUUUUACAAGCCCUACAGUGAGGCGACGGGGCAGCUCAUUGACCGAGAGACGCGCGAAGUGGUGGAUCAGCAAUAUGAACGCGUGAAGAAACUUCUGUUAGAGCAUCAGGAGAAACUGAAGGCUCUCACCGGCAGACUAGAUGAGAAAGAGACCUUGGCCUAUAACGAAUUAGUUGAGGUUCUUGGAGAAAGGCCUUAUGCCAUCAAGAAGGAGAUUAGUGGCUUUGUCACCGCUGGGAGCAAUCCCUUCCUCCAGAAGGACGAGCCGGAAGAAGCUUCCUCGCCGGGUGCCAGCGGAGGUGAUCAGUCUGAAGGCAGUUCUGGUCCCAGAUUGGAGCCUGCAUAA